CACGUCAAAACUUCAAAUCAAAUGAUUCAUUUCUGUCAAUGAUGUCAUUUUCAGUUUUAAGAAUUCCAGAAAUUUGUUGAUUAUAUAGGUUUUUAAGUUUAUAACUGUUCCUUACUGUUUUAAAAAGUGAUUUUAUAAUUUCAGUGGAAGUUGGUGAAGAUUAAUCAUAAAAUUAAGUAACUGAGUACAAAUCUUCAAUAAAAACAACACACCUUUUUACUAAUAUAAGCAAUAUUAAAAAACGGAAUAUGGGUAAUGAAAUGUCUUCAACUGCUAUGGAAAAGCACCUCUUCAACCUGAAAUUUGCCGUGAAGGAACUAGAGAGAAACUCCAAGAGAUGCGAAAAGGAGGAAAAACAAGAAAAGGCCAAAACCAAACAAGCCAUCCAAAAAGGAAACAUGGAAGUAGCUAGAAUACAUGCCGAAAAUGCAAUUCGACAAAAAAAUCAAUCUGUCAAUUACUUACGAAUGUCCGCUAGGGUAGAUGCUGUAGCUAGUAAGAUUCAGUCGGCUGUUACCACUAGGAAAGUAACCAAUUCCAUGGCAGGAGUGGUGAAAGCCAUGGAUGUGGCUAUGAAGAGUAUGAAUCUGGAGAAGAUAUCUCAAGUUAUGGAUAAGUUUGAGCAACAAUUCGAAGAUCUGGGUGUGCAAACGGAUGUAUUAGAAAAUACCAUGGGCCAAACUACUACUACGCUUAUACCUCAAAAUGAUGUGGAUUCACUUAUGCAACAAGUAGCUGAUGAAGCUGGAUUGGAAUUGAACAUGGAACUGCCAGAAGGACCUCAAAGCUCCGCAGUGAGCACCUCUACGGUGGUUCACGAACAGGACGAACUGACCCAACGAUUGGCCAGAUUGAGACAGGCCGAAUAGAACCGCCGCGCUUAAGUGAUAUGGACAAUAAAAAUAUUAUGAUCUACUAUUUUAUAUUCUAAGCUUCGAUUAAUUUGUCAGCCAUUUUGCUGGAGAUUAUGAAACUUAUCAAUGAAAAUAUUUUUGUUAUUAAUGUGUAGAAGGGAUAUUGAUAAUUUGAUAUUAUUAUAAAUAUGGAAGAGGUUCGGUGAUAACUACUUUUUGGAUCUGGAUGUAUUUGUUUUAUUUCAAUUAUUUUAGAAAACAAAAAGCAAAAAUAAAACUAUUUAUUUUUUAAAAUGUACAUACAGCAACCAUUUUUUAUUUUCCUGGUACUACUAUAAAACCAUUAUAAUUGAUACAAAUCUUAUUUCUUACAAAACAUAUUCUUCCAACAAAUUAUAUAUUAUUUUCUCUGUAAAAAAAUUCCUGUAUGUUUGGUUCAUCGUUUUCUAUAAUAUGCAAAUAACAUUUUUUAAACGUCUUGUAUAUAGUAUUUUGUAAAAUAUUUGAUAGAAUCUGACAUUGCUCUACCUUGACUCCCUUGUCUCAAAGAGGAUCAUGAAGGAGAUAAAAAUGUAAGUAAACUAUAAUAUGCAUCAUUGGUGAUAGCCACUGGAGUGGGCCCUCCGCACAGUUUGUGACACAAUAGAAGGCAAAUACUUGUAAAAAUAACUUCAUUGUGAAAUUAUUGGAGUGAAUACUUUAUUGCAUUGUAAUACAGAUUAGAAAAUGCCCAGAUUCAUGAACCUUAUAGUUCCAAAACACACUUUUUUGUAAAGGGAAUACCUGAAUACAUACAUACAGUGAUGAGCGCGCUAAUAACCGGCAAAAUAACGAAAAAGAUGGAAAAUAUAAUACAUUGUGAAGUAAAAAGAGAUGAAACUAGUAGAGCUGGAAAUUAUCGACCUAAACGUAUAAAUUAACAUUACAUUACAUAGUUUCCCACCUUUAGACGUAACGGAGGAGUAUGACAAUUGUCACUGUGACAGGAGAAUUUUAUAAAAUACUCUUGUCACAAACUAUGUAAAGCAAUGUUAAUUUUUUAUACGCUUAUAUCGAUAAUUUCCACCUCUACUAGUUUCAUCUCUUUUUAUUUUACAAUAUAUUAUGUUUUCCAUCUUGUGCGUUAUUUUGCCGGUUAUUAGCGUGCUCAUCACUGUAUACAAAAAUAUUUUUAUUGAUAAAUUUGAUCAGUACACUAAAUAUAAAGAGGAAAAGUAGAUAAUUCUAUGUGGCUGCUAAACUUUUAACCAAAAUGGCAAAAGCAAAGAAUUACGAGUGAAAGUAAUCGAAGAAAAAACAUGUAUUCUACAUUUUGUAAAGUUUAUUUUGUUUGUAUUUAGUUAAAUUUAAUAUAUUUCUUAUUUGCUUAAA